GGGGAAACUGUUGAAGAGACUUGCGGAAGGUUCGAAUGAGUUCUUCCAAGUAAAACUUUGCGAGUUUUGAUGAGAAGGAUCAGUCAGUUUCCCUCGCCAGGCGGAGGUGCCAUUUGUGCUUCAGCAACAGCCUGGGCUGGGACCAAAGUGCUGCCAAGUGUCCGGCCUGAGGUGCAGCCUAAGACAGCAGGUGGUGGGAGCUGCUACCCGGACCUUGCCGGCUCCUUGGGCGCUGGAAGAGGGAAACCCCAAUAGAGCUUUAGCCAGGGAAUGAACUCGCGAGGCAGGGCUGUUUCACUUUAGUCUGGAAAGGAAUGCUGCUCUGAGAGUUGCAGUUCAACAACAGUUGAAUAAGCCAAAAGGGUACACCAUGUCUCCUUUCCUACGCAUAUCCUUUAAUUCCUUUGAUCUGGGGGGCAUGCUCAGUCCCUCGGACCAUAACCAGCCUUUCUGUGCGGUGAAAGUGAAAGAAUCUCUUACUACAGAGAGAGGCAAGACAUUAGUACAAAAGAAACCCACCAUGUAUCCAGACUGGAAGUCAGUGUUUGAUGCUCACAUCUAUGAGGGACGUGUGAUCCAGAUUGUGCUAAUGAAGGCGGCAGAAGAUCCUCUAUCAGAAGCAACUGUAGGGGUCUCCGUGCUGGCUGAACGUUGCAAGAAGGGCAACGGCAAGUCUGAAUUCUGGUUGGAUCUCCAGCCCCAAGCCAAAGUGCUGAUGUCCGUGCAGUACUUCUUGGAAGAUGCUGACUUAAAGCAGUCGAUCCGGGAAGAUGAGGGCCUGGUCACCAUCAACAAGAGAAGAGGAGCCAUCAAACAGGCCAAAAUUCACUACAUCAAGAACCAUGAGUUCACUGCCACAUUUUUUGGCCAGCCAACCUUCUGCUCCGUCUGCAGGGAAUUUGUAUGGGGCCUGAACAAGCAAGGAUACAAAUGCAGGCAAUGCAACGCUGCCAUUCACAAAAAAUGCAUAGACAAGAUCAUUGGCAGAUGUACCGGUACUGCUGCCAACAGCCGGGACACCGUGUUCCAAAAAGAACGCUUCAACAUUGAUAUGCCGCACAGGUUUAAAGUUUAUAACUACAAGAGCCCCACAUUUUGUGAUCACUGCGGCAGCCUGCUGUGGGGGCUGGUGAAACAAGGGUUAAAAUGUGAUGAGUGCACCAUGAAUGUGCAUCACAAGUGUCAGUCCAAAGUGGCAAACUUAUGCGGCAUAAACCAGAAGCUUUUAGCAGAGGCAUUAAAUCAAGUCAGCAUGAAAUCAAGCACUAGAAAAUCAGAUUCUGGAUUGGAUAAUAUUGCUAUAUAUCAAGGCGUGGGCCCGAAAGUCCCAGGAUUGCCUGUGCCUAAUGCUCCAGACAACCAGUAUGAUAAACUUUGGGAGGGAAUCACACCACAUCCUCACAUCAGCCUAAGCAGCCGCUUGAAGAUUGAUAACUUCAUCUUUCACAAAGUGCUGGGUAAAGGCAGCUUUGGUAAGGUGCUGCUGGCAGAAUUGAAAGGCAAAGGAGAGUAUUUUGCUGUAAAAGCCCUGAAGAAAGAUGUGGUGCUGAUUGAUGAUGAUGUCGAGUGCACCAUGGUGGAAAAGCGAGUGCUGGCAUUGGCCUGGGAAAACCCUUUCCUCACCCAUGUCCACUGCACCUUCCAGACCAAGGAGCAUCUCUUCUUUGUCAUGGAGUUUCUGAACGGAGGGGAUCUUAUGUUCCACAUACAGGACAAGGGGCGGUUUGACCUAUACAGAGCUACGUUCUAUGCAUCAGAAAUUAUAUGUGGGCUGCAGUUCCUCCACUCCAAGGGGAUCAUUUACAGAGAUUUGAAGUUGGACAAUGUGAUGUUGGACAGAGAUGGUCAUAUCAAGAUUGCAGAUUUUGGCAUGUGCAAAGAGAAUGUUUAUGGAGAUAACAAGGCCAGCACCUUCUGUGGGACACCCGACUACAUUGCUCCAGAGAUCCUGCAGGGGCUGAAAUACACUUUCUCUGUCGACUGGUGGUCGUUUGGUGUCCUCCUAUACGAGAUGCUCAUUGGACAGUCUCCGUUCCACGGGGAUGAUGAAGAUGAGCUGUUUGAGUCCAUUCGGCAGGACACACCGCAUUAUCCACGCUGGAUAACAAAGGAAUCCAAAGACAUCCUGGAGAAGUUUUUUGAGAGGGAUCCCUUUAAGAGGCUCGGAGUAGUAGGAAACAUCAAGUUGCACCCGUUCUUUAAAACCAUCAAUUGGACUGCUCUGGAGAGAAGAGAGUUGGACCCCCCUUUCAAACCUAAAGUGAAAUCUCCCAGUGACUAUUCCAACUUUGAUAGAGAAUUUCUCAGCGAAAAGCCGCGGUUAUCCUUCAGCGACAAGAACCUCAUCGAUUCUAUGGACCAGUCAGCCUUCCAUGGCUUCUCCUUUAUUAACCCGAAGAUGGAGCGCCUCCUGGAAAAAUGAUUCCCCCACCCCAACACACACAUUUUUAUUUCUAAAAACUGUGGACACCAAAUCACACUAAAAGGAGACAGAAUGUGAAUUGUAGGAUUACUGUAGUUCAUUUGUGGCCAGUAAUGCGUCAUGCCGCAGUCUCCGGGGCAUCAGGUGGGAGAGAGUCGCAUUGUUGUCCGUGCGAUUAAGACCUGGUCUCUAAUGAAGCCCCUCACGUCUGGUUACUUGAAUGUAGUUAUACGUCAGAUUAUAAAUAUAUAAAUAUAUAUUGCUAGGCAUGGGUUUGCUGUAUAUUUGGCUAUGGAAAGAGAAGUGGAUGUACGGAAGGGGGGGGGACAGGGAAGAGGUAAAAUCAGGAAAUAUUUUUUACAAUCCACUCCAGCGUUAUUCUAAUAUAAACAUGGAUUUUCAGAAAACAUCACCUGCUACCUUGGCGCUUGUUUGUUUGGCCGUCCUGUUGUUACGCUUCCUACAGGGAAACGACUGCGGUUUUAUACGAAGGACAAUAACAGACUGGUCAUUGCCUUUGUCAUUAAUAAACGUGACUUUAUUGGCACAGA